UUCCUUGCCAGUUGCGCGUAGAAACGCAAUGUUGUGUGUUGUUUUAACUUGACUAUCAAUAUGUUUAAUCCAGUAUAAACAAAACAAUUGUAUCACGGUGAUACGUAUAAAGGCUUUCAUUGACAGUCAAUUUAAUCUAUAACUGUUUUUCUGUUUUGAUCAUUUUGAAGUGUAAUGAUGUGAACAGUUGUGAUAGCAGGCUGAUAAUCUGAUACCUUCUUUUUAUGUUCUUUAUAACCCGUGUUUCGUCGGUAGUCGAUUAGUUUGUGCCAAUAUGCAGUCGUGUAAGUUAAGAUCUGUGUUGACGUCGACUGUAAGUUGGAGUAAGCUUCCUUUGCAGAGAUAUGUAGCCGUAAACUCAGCUGCAGUGAAUGAACACCAAGACGUGAAGGUGGAAGGGAAGCCAUGGAAGGAGAUACCCGGCCCUUCGGCUCUUCCCUUGAUCGGACAAAUACACCACUUUUUACCUGGAGGCAUAUUUUAUAAUACCACAACCCGAAACGAUUAUGCUAGGAAAGCAUACGAAUUGUACGGUCCAAUGGUACGACUAGAUGGACUGCUGGGCAGAGAACCUAUGGUUUUGUUGUUCGAUGCAGAAAGUGCAGCCCAAAUACUUCGGGGUGAGAAUAUGUUACCUGUACGUCCAGGAUUUCAAUCUCUAGCGUAUUACAGAUCUACCUACAAAUAUAAAGGAACUGGCGAAAAGACAGGCGAGCCAACAGGACUGAUUACAGAUCAUGGUGACACUUGGAAAAGAUUCAGGUCUGCAGUCAAUCCAGUGUUAUUGCAACCUAAGACUAUAAAACUGUACAGAUCAGCUCUUGACGAAGUUGCUCAAGAUAUGAUUAAGAGGAUAAAAUCCGUUAGAGGAGAAGAUAACAUGUUAAAAACAAAGUUUGACGUUGAAAUGAAUCUAUGGGCCUUAGAAUCAAUAGGAGUUGUGGCCCUCGGAGGUCGGUUGAAUUGCUUUGAUCCGAAACUUCCAGAAGAUGCUCCUGCGAGGCAGCUGAUAAGAGUCGUGCAUGAUAUAUUUAAAGUAGCUGAAGAACUAGAUUUUAAGCCCAGUUUGUGGAGAUACUUUGCAACGCCUACUUUCAAAAAAGCCAUGCACAUUUAUAGUGAACAGGAAAGAUUAUCGAUAUAUUUUGUAAAUAAAGCAAAAGAAGACCUCAAAAAUAAACAAAAGAGUGACGACGAGAAAGGUGUAUUGGAAAAACUAUUGGAUAUUGAUGAGAAAAUAGCGCAUAUCAUGGCAUCAGAUAUGUUAUUUGCUGGUGUUGAUACAACAGCAAAUACGAUUAUAUUUACUCUUUAUCUUCUUGCGGUUAAUCCAGAAAAACAAGAGAAGCUCCGGGAAGAGAUUUUGUCAACCAAUCAUGAAGAUAAAAGACCGUACCUUAGAGCUUGCGUUAAAGAGUCUUUGAGACUUACGCCUGUUGUUAAUGGAAAUAUUCGACAAACCACAAAGGAAUAUAAUAUUAUGGGCUAUAAAAUCCCCAAAGGCAUGUUUGUUGCCUUCAUGCACCAGGACAUGUCGUGUUCUGAAGAGUAUUACCUAAAUGCUCAAGAGUUUAUUCCUGAAAGGUGGAUCGCCCCAAAAGACGAUCCGCUGUACUAUGGAAACGCUCAUCCAUUUGCAUAUAAUCCAUUUGGUUUCGGAACUCGCAUGUGUAUAGGUCGCCGCAUAGCUGAGCUAGAAAUCCAGACAUUCCUUGCACAUCUAAUACAGAACUUCAAAGUGGAGUGGUUCGGUCCACCCCUGAAAGUGACACUUACCUCACUAAAUUAUGCAACAGCACCGUAUAAUUUUAUUUUAAAAGAUGUGUAAAACCAAAAUCAUUUUUAGUUACUAUUAGUUACUACUAAUAAUUCGAAUGAAAAAGGGAAUGUAACUUUUCGACAAAAUAAUCGUACAGUUCAUUCCAAGUGUAUAGUAAUAAUUUUUAAAGCAUUUAGUAUUUAUACGAGUAUAUUGAAAACACGCUUAUUAUUCAUUGUAUUAC